CCCAACAACGCUUCUUCUCGUUUCGCUUAACCCUUUAGAAAACAAAAACCAUAAAAACCACAAAGCUUCAUUACUUCCAAUAAACUUGCAUAAAAACACAAGCACCAGAACUAAAUACCGGAAAGCCAUAGAAAUUAUGUUUUUCUUCUUCGUAGGUGGAGUUGAACAACAGAUUAAUCAGGUUUUGAAAACUGGAGUUGGCAGAUGUAUUAAUUGCGGUAACAAAAGCGACCUUGUCAAAUACGACAACGUUUUGAAGGUGUUCUUUGUUCCUAUUUGGAAAUGGCCUGGUAAAAAUCCAAUGCUUCAUUGUAAUUCCUGUAACUUGUUUUUUCCUGAAUCUUUUUCCCUUCCGCCGAAAACGACGUCGUCUGAUAUUGAUGAUCUUAGAUAUUGUCAAUCCUGUGCUCGUGUUGUUGAAGCUAAUUACCGGUUUUGCCCAUUCUGUGGUGUUUCUUUGUAAUAAUUAACUCGCAGAACUAUCGAGUAUCUCAAUGUUUAAUUGUGUUGUGUUUGUAUCGAUUCUCAAAAUAUAAUUAGAUGUAUAAUACUUGUACUUUUGAUUGAAUAAAUGUUUCAUUGGAACUUGAUUCUAAUUUUGUUGUUA